AUGUUAGAUCGGGGUCGAUUUCCUAAGGGUGGCUCGCCAUCUCAGAUUGAGAAAAGCUGUGAUCUCUCUGGUGAUAAUGACCUGGUAGAAAUCACCCAACACCAAGGAGGUUCAGUUCUGUUACCCUGCUCCUGCUCUGACCUGAACACCAAACCUCAGACAUUCACCUGGAUGACCUUCAGAACAGGAUCUCUGACUGACGUGUUAAAUGAUGAACACUACCGUGGCAGACUUCAGCUGUUUAAUAACAUUUCUCCUGGUAAUCUGUCUCUGUUCAUAUCUGACCUGAGAGAAGAGGAUCAGGGAGACUACAGGUGCAGAACUGAGAAGAAACACAGAGACUUCAGGAUUUAUGUUAAAGGCUGUGAGCUGGUGAAGAAGGCAGAGGUAGAGGACAUGACUGUGUUCACAGGAGAGUCUGUAGUUCUGCCCUGUGUCUGCACUGACCUACAGAACAAACCAAAGUCUCUAAAAUGGGAGUUUUCAAUACCAACAGAAUCUAAUAGCAAUCAUUAUCAGGAAAUUUACCCUGAACAGACUGGACAUCACAGAAACAGAGUCAAACUGGUCAGUAAAAACUCUCCAGGAAACCUCUCUCUACUCCUAUCAGACCUGACUGAAGAGGACCAGGGAAACUACAGAUGUUCUGUACAGGCAGAGAGAAAAGAUUUCAGACUAAAUGUUAAAGGAGGAAGAAGAGAAACUUCAACACACUCGGGGAAAACAGACAGAAGACCUCCAUCAGAACAGCCUCCAAGUAAAACAACAAACUCUCCACCUUCAUCAUCCUCAACAACACUGGAACAAGAUAAACAACAAACUCACAGCAGACCUCUGGGUGCCAAAACUUUUCAUCAGCAAUAAAAAAAAAUACCAGUAUUACAUUUAUUAACAUUAUUGGUGUUUUAUUACACAGUGUUCGGCAUUGCUGCGGCUUUUCUGUUGGUGGUAAUCGGUGUAGUGGCAUUUAUUUGUUGG